CUCGCCAGCUCGGCCUCCUCUCCGGCCCCGUGCAGCCCGAGAGCCAGGGCGCCGGGCACCCGCCGGACCCGCCGCGCCUGCCGGGCUCCCGGCCCGCGCUCCCUCCCUGCCUCCGCGCCGGGGUCUCUUGCCCCGCGCCGCGCGGCCCCCCGACGCGGUGGGGCUGCCCGAGGAGGGGCCGGCCCGGCCCAGAGGCGACGAUGGAGGUGCCGCAGCGCGCGCGCUCGCAAACCGUCACCACCACCGCCAGCUCCUUCGCCGAGAACUUCUCCACCAGCAGCAGCAGCUUCGCCUACGACCGCGAGUUCCUGCGCACGCUGCCCGGGCUCCUGAUCGUGGCGGAGAUCGUUCUGGGACUGCUGGUCUGGACGCUUAUCGCUGGAACCGAGUACUUCCGGGUCCCUGCGUUUGGCUGGGUCAUGUUCGUAGCUGUAUUUUACUGGGUCCUCACCGUCUUCUUCCUCAUCAUCUAUAUAACAAUGACCUACACCAGGAUCCCCCAGGUGCCCUGGACAACGGUGGGGCUGGAAGAUCAAGGGUCACAUAGUCGGUUUCGGGUGAGACUCUCUUGCUGGCUCACAGAGAUGCCUGCUAUCUUGCUGUGUCCUCACAUGGAGGACCGAGGAAAAACCAGCAAGAGGGGUCUGUGCUUCAAUGGUAGUGCCUUCCUCCUGUACCUCUCAGCCGCUGUCGUGGACGCGUCCUCUGUCUCCCCAGAGAGGGACAGCCACAACUUCAACAGCUGGGCGGCCUCGUCGUUCUUCGCCUUCCUGGUCACCAUCUGCUACGCUGGAAACACAUAUUUCAGUUUUAUAGCUUGGAGAUCCAGGACCAUACAGUGAUUUGCCAUUUUGAAACUGAACCGGGGAAAAAGGCAGGAAGCAUCUCACUGUAACCACAGCUGUAGGUAUAAUAUAUAUUUCCAGAGACUUGUAUUUAACUAAUGUUUUUAUAUACUUAGUUAAAUUUGCUCCCAGUGGUUUGUUACCAUUAAACUGGAUACUUAUUUGCAAAGGGCUGUAGCUUAUAAUGAACUCUUAAAUAAACCUUGUUGAUGUCCUCAUAGACCUUAUUUUCCUAGAAGUGUGUCGAUAAAUUGCUAAUAUUAAGGAUGUGUCAGGUUUGUAAAUCUAAUGUUUAAAAUACCAGAUGUUUUUUGAUUAAAUGUUUCAAAAUCCCA